UAUAACAUAUCUUAUCAUGGUUUUUCUCUGCCCCUUCUCAAAUCAUCAACAGUAGAAAAAGAAGAAAACAUGUCAGGACACAAAUGCAGUUAUUCCUGGGAGCUGCAGGACCGGUUUGCCCAAGAUAAGUCAGUUGUCAACAAGAUGCAACAGAAGUAUUGGGAAACGAAGCAGGCCUUUAUCAAGGCCACAGGGAAGAAGGAAGAUGAGCAUGUUGUUGCCUCUGAUGCAGACCUGGAUGCCAAGCUAGAGUUAUUCCAUUCAAUUCAGAGAACCUGUUUGGACUUGUCUAAAGCAAUUGUACUCUAUCAAAAGAGAAUAUGUUUCUUGUCUCAAGAAGAAAAUGAACUGGGAAAAUUUCUCCGAUCCCAAGGCUUCCAAGAUAAAACCCGAGCAGGAAAAAUGAUGCAAGCAACUGGCAAGGCCCUCUGCUUUUCCUCCCAGCAAAGGUUGGCUUUGCGAAACCCUUUAUGCCGAUUUCACCAAGAAGUAGAGACUUUUAGACAUCGGGCCAUCUCGGAUACCUGGUUGACAGUGAGCCGCAUGGAGCAGUGCCGGACAGAGUAUAGAGGGGCAUUGUUAUGGAUGAAGGACGUGUCUCAGGAACUUGAUCCAGACCUCUACAAGCAAAUGGAGAAGUUCAGGAAGGUACAGACACAAGUACGCCUUGCAAAAAAAAACUUUGACAAAUUGAAGAUGGAUGUGUGUCAAAAGGUGGAUCUUCUUGGAGCAAGCAGAUGCAAUCUCUUAUCUCACAUGCUAGCAACGUACCAGACCACUCUGCUCCACUUUUGGGAAAAAACUUCUCACACCAUGGCAGCCAUCCAUGAAAGCUUCAAAGGUUACCAACCGUAUGAAUUCACAACAUUAAAGAGCUUACAAGACCCCAUGAAGAAGCUAGUUGAGAAAGAAGGGAAGAAGAGCACACAGAGGGAAAGCCUGGAGGCUGUGGCCCAGGAGCCGAGGCAAUUAAUUUCUUUGGAGGAUGAGAACCAGCACAAAGAAUCGUCUACUUGUAAGACUGAAGAUGGAAAAGAUAUUUUGUCAUCUGUAGACAAAAACUCUGCCGAUGAUGCAUGCUCAGGACCAAUAGAUGAACUACUAGAUGUGAAACCUGAAGAAGCCUGCCUGGGUCCCAUGGCAGAGACCCCCGAUCCCGAAUGUGGGGACAAAGAUGACCUCGUGCUGUUGAAUGAGAUUUUCAGUGCUUCCUGCCUGGACGAAGGGGAGUUCGGCAGAGAGUGGGCUGCGGUCUUUGGAGAUGACCGGCUGAAGGAGGCAGCCCCCUUGGGGGCCCAGGGGGAGCCAGACCCCAAGCCCCAGACAGGCUCUGGAUUCCUUCCUUCACAGCUUUUAGACCAAAACAUGAAAGAUCUACAGGCCUCUCUCCAAGGCUGGUCAGAGAGCAAUGUCAGUCCUCAUACUCCAUGGCCAGCACCAAAGACAAGCAGUUCAAAUGACAGCAGCUCUGCACUAAAAGAGCCUGCCAAGGCUGCCUCGGACCUGACUGCCUGGUUCAGCCUCUUUGCUGACCUCGACCCCUUAUCAAAUCCUGAUGCUGUUGGGAAAACCGAUAAAGAACACGAAUUGCUCAAUGCAUGAGUCUGCGCCCUUCCACAGGGAGCCCUGGGGCCACUCCACAGCACCUCAUCCAAGGCUUGCAGAAGUCUGACAUGCUCUGUAUGCUGUUUUAAUAUUUACGUGCCAUUUUAAUAAAAUGAGAGGGUCAAGGCCCUGUUUCUAUCGGUAAAGA